CCCCGGUGCCGGUGCCGCCGCCGGUCAGUGCCGGCCCGCGGGGCACCCGCGGUCUUCGGGCGGGGCGAGCGGCGGACCCGGCUGGGGCCGAGCAGGGUCAAGAUGGCCACCUCAACCCUGGAGAACCAGCUGCAGAGUGCCCAGAAGAACCUGCUGUUCCUGCAGCGGGAGCACACCAACACCCUGAAGGGGCUGCACGCGGAGCUGCGCCGCCUGCAGCAGCGCUGCACAGAUUUAACCUAUGAGCUGACUGUAAAGAGUUCAGAUUCAUCAGAAAGUGGUGGUUCAAGAAGUGAUGAACUCAAAAGUAAAUGCAAAGAUCUUGAAGCUCAACUGAAAAUCAAAGAAGCUGAAAACACUGAAUUGUUGAAAGAACUUGAACAAAAGAACGCGAUGAUAAUGGUGCUGGAAAACACUAUUAAAGAAAGAGAAAAGAAGUAUUUGGAAGAGUUAAAAAUGAAAAGCCAUAAGCUCAAUAUGUUGUCCAGUGAACUGGAGCAGAGAGCGAGCACGAUUGCCUACCUGACCUCUCAGCUGCACGCGGCCAAGAAGAAGCUGAUGAGUGCCAGCGGGACUUCGGAGGGGACCCCCUCUGGCAGCCCCGUGCUGUCCAGCUACAAACCGUCCCCUCCCAAGGACAAACUGCCCGAGACGCCGCGGCGCAGGAUGAAGAAGAGCCUGUCCACGCCGCUGAACCCCGAGUUCGAAGAGGCCUACAGAAUAGGCUCGGAGAGCCGCAAGCUGGUGCUGCGAGAGCCCGUGGAUGCCAUGCCCGAUCCCACGCCCUUCCUGCUGGCCAGGGAGACGGCAGAGGUGCAUCUGAUCAAGGAGAGGCCGUUGGUGAUCCCACCGAUCCCCUCGGAUCGCGCGCCCGGUGAGUCGCACAGCCCCGCCCGCGAGAAGCCGCACAAGGCGCACGUCGGGGUCGCUCAUCGCAUCCACCACGCCGCGCCCGCACAGCCCCCGCAGGAGGUGGAGACCCUGGCAGUGGAUCAGGUCCAUGGAAGCAAAGUGGUCAGAAAGCACUCGGGGACAGACAGAACUGUCUGAGAGCACCACGCAAGCGCUGUUCUGUGCUGGUUAUGCACUGUGAGCCUGUAGGGUAAAUAGCACCUGCGGUGAAGUUUCUUUUGAUGCCCCAUGCAUGCCAAACUCCUCCCGGGUACAUCAUUAAUACAUUUUGCUCUAACGAAA